GUUCCCGCCGCGGAGAUGGCGUCGGGGCUGCGCGCCGCCGGCUUCCCUCCCUGGAAGCGGCACAUCGCGGCGGAGCUGCGGCGGCGGGACCGGCUGCAACGGCAGGCCUUCGAGGAGAUCGUGGCGCAGUAUAACAAGCUGCUAGAGAAGUCGGAUCUCCACGCUGUGCUGGCUGAUAAGCUGCAAGCAGAGAAAUAUGACAUGCAGAGCAGACAUGAAAUCAGUCCAGGACACGAUGGCACAUGGAAUGAUGCUCAGUUGCAGGAACUGGCACAGCUGAAGAUAAAGCAUCAAGAGGAGCUGACUGAGCUACAUAAGAAACGUGGAGAGUUGGCCCAGUCUGUAAUUGAUCUGAAUAACCAAAUGCAGCAGAAGGACAAAGAGAUGCAGAUGAAUGAAGCAAAGAUUGCAGAGUAUUUGCAAAAAAUCUCUGAACUGGAAACAGAGUGCCAGGAACUACGCAGCAAGCUGCAGGAUCUUGAGCGAGCUAAUCAGACGCUGAAAGAUGAAUAUGAUGCUCUCCAGAUCACCUUCAAUGCCUUGGAGGAGAAACUGAGGAAAACAACUGAAGAUAACCAGGAGCUGGUCUCACGUUGGAUGGCAGAGAAAGCACAGGAAGCCAAUCGCUUGAAUGCAGAAAAUGAAAAGGAUUCGAGGAGGCGACAAGCCAGGCUGCAAAAGGAGCUGGCAGAAGCUGCCAAAGAACCCCUGCCUGUUGAACCCAGGGAUGAUGAUAUUGAAGUGCUUGCAGAUGAAACCUCUGACACAGCUGAGGAGACAUCUCCAGUGCGAGCUGUCAGCCGAACACCCAGUAAGCGACUCUCCCAGCCAGCUGGAGGCCUUCUGGAUUCUAUCACUAAUAUCUUUGGGAGGCGUUCUUUGUCCUCGUUCCCUGCUCCCCAGGACAAUGCAGAGCCACAUCCAGGUGCCAGUAAAGAAGUGAGAGUGCCCACUACUGCCAUCUGUGUCUUUGAUGCACAUGACGGGGAGGUGAACGCGGUGCAGUUCAGCCCUGGCUCCCGGUUACUGGCAACAGGAGGCAUGGACCGCAGGGUUAAGCUCUGGGAAGUCUUGGGAGAUAGGUGUGAGCCCAAAGGUUCCCUCUCUGGUAGUAAUGCUGGGAUUACAAGCAUAGAGUUUGAUAGUGCUGGUUCUUACCUCUUAGCAGCUUCAAAUGACUUUGCCAGCAGAAUCUGGACGGUUGAUGACAAUCGAUUACGGCACACUUUGACGGGUCACAGCGGUAAGGUUCUGUCUGCCAAGUUCCUGCUGGACAACGCGCGCAUUGUGUCAGGAAGCCACGACCGGACCCUCAAGCUCUGGGACCUCCGCAGCAAAGUCUGUAUAAAAACAGUGUUUGCAGGAUCUAGCUGCAAUGACAUCGUAUGCACUGAGCAGUGUGUAAUGAGUGGACAUUUUGAUAAGAAAAUCCGUUUCUGGGAUAUCAGGACUGAAAGCAUAGUAAAAGAACUGGAGCUGCUUGGGAGGAUCACAGCUCUGGACUUGAACUCGGAGCGAACAGAGCUUUUGACCUGUUCCCGUGAUGAUCUGCUGAAGAUCAUUGACCUGCGGGUUGGUGCUGUCAAGCAGACGUUCAGUGCCCAGGGAUUCAAAUGUGGCUCUGACUGGACAAGAGUUGUGUUCAGUCCUGAUGGUAACUAUGUGGCUGCUGGCUCAGCUGAUGGUGCCCUCUAUGUUUGGAAUGUACUCACUGGGAAGUUGGAGAGAACUCUUGCCAAGCAUCACAGUUCUUCUAUCAAUGCAGUCGCGUGGUCCCCAGCGGGUGCCCAUGUGGUCAGUGUGGACAAAGGAAACAAGGCUGUCCUGUGGUCUGAAUUUUGACUGGAUGGAGGGUGAGAGGCAGAGCUCCCGUGCCUCUGUGUGUGGUGGUGCCGGUCCGUGGCUGAACAGAAUGGAGACCCCGGCCCAGAUCCAUCCUGAGUGGGAAUAUUAACAAGUGCGUGGGCUUCGCUUUCUGGAGGAGAGUUCCAAAGCAAUGGAGAAGGAACCCGAGUCAGAGACUUCUUAUGGCCGUAACCACGCUGUGGCACUCGGACUCAGCAAGGGAUUAGCUGUUCUGGAUGGAGAAUGCUACUUAGUCAUGCCUUUACAUGCAGUAUCUAUGCACCAAUGGAGCUGAAGAUACGUGGGAUUCCUCACCAGGCAGCUGUGCCAAAUACCCCAUCACACAAAUGUAUCUACAGCACUUCUGAGUUGGAAAUGUUGGAAAGAAGUUACAGUGUAUGCUGACUUAAUGCGUGCCCUGUCUCCUGUGUUCUGUUCUUGUGGCCUGGUUUAGGUGUGGAGUGAGAAGAUCCCGGAAUGUGGACGGGUCCUGGGCAGCCUGAAGUGCUGGAAAAGCUUUUGUAGAGAAUUUCCAAUGGUUCUGGCAGCUCUGCUGCUGAGUUCCCAACUCGAUGCAGAGCUGCUCUGAUCCUGACAGGUUCUCCAGUGCUGUCGUGCAAACUCCUCGUGUCAGUUUUUAAUGGACAUUGUCCAUUCUUUGGGACUUCCGCACCCUUUUGUUAAAAUGCCCUUCAACGGUCGGGGUAUCACAAAAUUAGAGAUUUUUAAUCUUUUUACUCCACAGGCAAUUUGGUUACUGGGUUUGAGGAGAGAGAAGUUCAGCUUCUGUGCUUCUGCGAUGCGGAAUGCAGUCAUUCUGUGACUUCAGUUCCUGAACACAGAUGCUUGGUCCCCUUUUCGGUUCAUCCGUCCUCUGCUGGAGGCUGUCAGUAGAACACAGGGUCAGUGGGGUUCAAUCCCAAAUGCGUUCUGUUGGUGCUGGCCGUUCCAGGCCACUGGCCCUUCUUCAGCAGACGUGCAAUACUCCUGUGUGUGCUCUGUGCUGUGGAGCAGAAUCUUCCUGUCCCCGUUUACGCAUCCAAAAACCACAGUGUGGCUGGCUGUGAGCUACGUGGUACAAUUGCAUCCAGCCAAACCUUUCCACGUGGUCUGGGCCUCUAGACAAGCCACCAGCGUUGUAUUGCCUUUUUAUUUGCACUUUAUUUUCAUCUUUCCUGAUCGUGUUUUACUAAGGAAGCGUGUUGUUUGGAGGGGCUGGGCUGGGGGGCAGCUGCUCUCUGAGGCAUCUCUCUAACCCAGCCUUUUGUUCAGGCACCUUCUGUAGAGGGAACUAGAGUAUACUGGGCAAACUUUUUAUUUAUUCAGCUGCCCAUAAGAACUUGAUUGUAAAUAAACCCAUGUUCUGCUUUUAAAA